AAACAAUGAAGAUACUUAAAAAUGUAAACAUGUUUUUAAUUAUUGCUUGUAUAAAAUAUGAUAAUUGAUAUCCAGCUCAUUCAAGUAACGAAUGUUAAACGAUUUCGAAAUACUGAUAAUUGUCUACUUUUGCAGCUUAAUCAGUAAUAUUUAAUAAAAUUAAAUAAUAUUCACUUAUAACACAAAGGUAAAAGAUACUUAUACUUUUUAAAAAUGGUUCGUGCUUGGUAUAUGGAUAAUGAUGAUAAAGAUCAGCGUCUAGAACACCAAAAAGAUCCUCCAGAAUUUAUAAAUUUACCAGAAUUGCUUAAAAACACGGGAGUGGAGUAUUUCAAACUCAAUAUGGAAACAUUAAACACAGAUGGAAUACUUGAUAAAAUUAAACAAGAAAGAGGCUAUAACUACGAAGAUGAGAUAACAUGUUCCGAGAAGUGUUUGGAAAACUAUGCAGAAAAGUUGAAGAUAUUUUACACAGAACAUUUACACACAGAUGAAGAAAUACGUUUAGUCUUAGAAGGAUCUGGAUACUUUGAUGUAAGAGAUCAAGAUGAUAAGUGGAUUCGAAUAGAAGUGGUGCCUGGAGAUUUGUUGAUUUUGCCCCGCGGUAUUUAUCACAGAUUUACUUUAGACAGUAAUAACUUCAUUAAGGCUAAACGGUUCUUUAUUGGAGAACCUGUUUGGACUCCCCACAAUAGGCCAAAAGAUGAAAUGGACUGCAGAAAGGAGUAUCUUGAAAGAUUAAAAAUGGGAAAUUUUGUAAAAAGUCAAUAAUGUUAUACUAUUUGAAUUAUGUUCUUCCUAAAUAUAUAUUUGGUUGUUU